AUGCUUGAAUGUAGAACACGAAUAUUUUUCCUCGUAGUCUUCCGAUAUCGGUACCUAAAUUUUGAAGUAACCAUCAAGGUUGUGAGCCGCUGUAACAUCGCUGCCUGCAGCAGCAAGCUCAAUGUCGCUUGGAAAUUCGUGGAUUGCGGAGUCUUCUUUAUGGCCAUAGCCUCUCUUGACAGCUGGAAGCAGUGUUGCCAGAUCCGAUUUAUUUCACACUGGGGCAGUAGGCGAUCAAAUCGUGAAUUAGUGUUGAAGAUCGAUACCAACAAAAAACAAGUUUCUUUAGAAUUGAGAUUUAUGCUAAUACAUAAAUAA